AGAGCGGAGAGAGGAGGGAGCGGAGAAGGAGCUCAUCAUAUUUGGAGUAUUUACAGUAGAAAGAAGUUUCCUUCUCGGCGGAAGACAAACACACAGACGAACGGCUGGUUCCACUCUAGUGAUGUCUUCCCUGUGGUGGGAGCAGUGGCCCCUGCAGGUGGCAAACGGAACCUCUCCCCCCGGCUUCGCUGAUAACAGUAGCUGCUACAGCUCCACACAGAGCACCGUGCUCAAGGGAGUGGGCUUUGGAGGAGUGCCAGUCGUGCUACUGAUUGAUUUCUCUGUCUUUCUGGUGUUGCUGGUCGUCUUCUCCAUAAUCAGGAGGAUGUUCUGGGACUAUGGGCGUCUGGCAUUGGUUGCAGACAACGAUGGGUUUACUGAUUCAACACGCCGUCGCUAUGGACACAAGUCAUCCUUAGUGGCCAGUGUGGAUGAGUUUGAGCAGGAACUGGGAUUCUGCUCCUGGCUGCCUUACAUCCUCAGAAUGGAUGAGGACAAAAUAAAAACCAGAUGUGGCAUGGAUGCUGUUCACUACCUGUCAUUCCAGCGUCAUCUCCUCAUCCUGCUCAUGGUCAUAACUGUCACCUCCCUGGCAAUCAUACUGCCUGUCAACAUGACUGGAGACCUGCUGGAUAAUGAUCCACAAAGUUUUGGAAGGACAACUGUUGGGAAUCUUCAAAAGAGAAACAACCUGUUGUGGCUGCACACAGUGUUUGCAGUCCUGUACCUGAUCCUGACAGUUGUUCUGCUGAGACAUUACACGUCACAACUGAAAGGCAUGCGCAGAGAAACAACCAGAAAUACAUUGUUUGUGUGUUCAGUCCCUAAAACAGCGACAGAGGAAGCUAUAAAGACCCAUUUCAUAGAGGCGUACCCUUCCUGCCGAGUGUGUGCUGUGACCCUGGGCUAUAACGUGGCCAAGCUCAUGCACCUUGAUAAGGAAAGGAUACGAGCUGGAAAAAACCUGCGCUACUACGAGCGUGUGUUCGAGAAAACAGGGAAGCGUGAGCUGAUUGACCCUCGUGUGUGUAGUCAGCUUUGUUGCUGCUCCAGCUCUUCAAAGGUUGAUGCGAUAGAGUACUACAGCACUAAAGAAAAAGACCUGCUGGAGGAGGUGAGGAAGCAGACAGAACUGGUGCCACAGCACCCCCUGGGGAUGGCCUUUGUCACCCUGCAGACUGAGGCUAUGGCCAAGUACAUUUUGAAAGACUUCAACGCACUCGAGUGUGGCGGGACAAGCUGCUGCUGCGGGAGGAUGCCCCAACCUUCAUCUGAGAGUGGAACUCUGAAAGUGAAGAAGUGGAACGUCAGCUACGCACCCCAUCCCAAAAAUGUGUACUGGGACAAUCUGUCGGUGCGCGGGUUUCGCUGGUUCAUGCGCUAUCUGAUGCUCAACUUCCUCCUGUUCUUCCUGCUCACCUUCCUCACGACUCCCACCAUCAUUAUCAACACCAUGGACAAGUUCAACGUGACGAAGCCCAUCCGCUAUCUCAAUAGCCCCAUCAUCAGUCAGUUCUUCCCCACUCUGCUGCUGUGGACGUUCUCUGCACUGCUGCCGACCAUAGUGUACUAUUCGACAAUAGGAGAGGCACACUGGAGCAGGUCCAGUGAGCAGCUGAGCAUGAUGCGUAAACUGUACUUCUUCCUGCUCUUCAUGGUGCUAAUCCUCCCCUCGCUGGGACUCACCAGUCUUGCAGUGUUUUUACGCUGGCUGUUUGACACAGAGUUUCUCGCAGAUGGGAAACUGAGGUUUGAGUGUGUUUUCUUACCUGACCAAGGAGCGUUUUUUGUCAACUACGUGAUCACAGCGGCCCUGGUGGGCUCUGGGAUGGAGCUGCUGCGGUUGCCAGGGUUACUGAUGUACACAAUUCGUAUGGCAUUUGCUCGCUCUGCUGCUGAAAGGAAAUAUGUCAAACAGAACCAGGCCUAUGAGUUUGAAUAUGGAGCCAUGUACGGCUGGUUCCUGUGUGUGUUCACUGUCAUUAUGGCUUACAGCAUCAUAUGUCCCAUCAUUGUGCCUUUUGGUCUCCUGUACAUGAUGCUGAAGCACCUGGUGGACAAACACAACCUGUACUUUGCCUACCUGCCUGCUCGCUUAGACCGCCAGGUCCACCUGGGAGCUGUCAAUCAAGCUCUGGCCGCGCCCAUCAUCUGCCUCAUAUGGCUCUACUUCUUCUCUGUCCUCAGAUCAGGUUUCUGGACGGCCACUUCUCUGUUCACGCUGGUGGUCCUUUGCAUCACUGUCUUCAUCUGCAUCAGCUACACCUGCUUCGGCCUUUUCAAGUACCUCAGUCCACACAACUACGCGGUGAAAGACGAGGAUGAGGAUACAGUGGAGGGAGUGGAAGAAAACACCAUGGUCUACCUUCCCAGAGUGCUUAAUCCCAAAUCACCUGCCAGCACAACAGAGGAGUCUAAACUCCAGCAGUCUUACGGCUCUACAGACGGCAGCCCGGCCCACAGCCCCACCCCCGUGACGGAGAGCAUGUCCGAUGGCUGAAUCAGCGUGUUUCAGCGCUGAGUCAAAGCUUUGGAGUCAAGACGCCCUCGACUCCUGAUCGUAAAUCUGUCUUCUUUAUCAUUAUAUCAGCAUCGAAGUCAGAGUUUGAAUUCACCUCCAUCCUACUGCUCAGUCAGACACAGUUUGUCCCACUGAGAGCAAAUCUCCAGAUGGUACAAGAGUAAUACAGGAAAUGGACUCCAAAGAUAUGAGCUUAAAGUACCAGUGGGGACAGUGGGUUAAAUUUAAAUUGCUUUCUGAUGGAAAGAAGGCACAAUAUUAGUAGGAAUUUAUUUAAUAUAUUCAGAUUAUUAUUUGCACAUGAUCAACACAAACAUCCACGAGGAAUUUGCUAAGUAGGGAUGCACCGAUUCAUCAGCCAAACAUCAAUAUUGGCUGAUAUUUACCUUGUUGACUGUCAGCGGCCUAAAGGCAAAUAAGAAUACUUUUACCAAUAACAGUGGCCGAUGUUUUUCUGUUGUGUCACAUCAAUUUUGCGCAGACUAAAAAGCAGGGCUCGAGACUAAUGUCCUGUCGUCCAAGGCACAAUAGAAAAUUGGGACAAAGAAAGGUCUUACCAGGGGCGUUAUCAGGACAAAAGGACUGUCAGUGUGUCAGGGGAUGCAUUUAUCCUAUUUAUUCCCUGAUAAUGCACAUUAUGAACAACAAAUCUGUGUUGACAUCGGCAGGAGGAGAGCUAGUUAUCAUUAGCUGUUAGCAUCUAGAACUUACAGCGAACAGAGGUUUAGACUGACUUACAUUAUGAUGCAUUUAAAUUUUAUUCAGUAAAAAAGAGUAUUUGGCAAAGGUCAACUAUAACAUAUAUGUUUGAAUGUAAUCUUGUAGAACAGGCCUAUUCAGUUGGAGGCCCGCGGCCACGUCUGCAACCUCCGAGUGGCCCGGCUAGGGAUGAGUACUGAGGCGCGGUAUUAAACGACCCCGAUCAAAAUUAAUCAAGACUGUAGUAUUAACAAGCUCCAACAUUAUCGGCUCUUUUAUCAAUACUUUUUAAAGUUUUGGUUUCAUGUAUCAUAAGGCUACUUUUACUGCAUUAAAUUGCAUUUGUUUAAAUUUGUCAUUAACAAAAGCUAUUAAGAAAUUUCAGUAGGUCACUUGCUGCUGAAAAUGUCUGGCCCAUCGACAUUUUCUGGUUUUAAAAUUAGGCCCAAUUGAAUUUUUAAUUGAAUAGCCCUACUGUCGACCUUUGUUUUUGGUGAGACUUGAAUAAAUACAAUUGUUUAAAUGAGAAAUUUUUUAUGUUUUCACAGCAAAUGAAAUAGAUAAUAGAGAGGGCAUUAGGGCCGCCCCCUGAUAGUCGACCAAAAGUUAGUCGACCAGUAAGGUCAGGAAAAAAAAAAAAGUGAAACUCUAUUAGAAGCUGUGCCUUGUCAAAAUAAAUCAAAACCUAUAUAACUGGACCAUGUGUGAAUUUAAUUUGAAAGGACUGACACAGGAAGUGGCCACGCUCAGCAGUCAGACAGGAGUCAGGUUAAUUUCCAGGGCUGGUACCUGCGGUUAUUAGUCGACUAAUGGGCCUAAAUGAUGACUAUUGGUCGACUAGGAAAAUUCUUAGUUGGGGGGCAGCUCUACAACUUGUAAAACUUGAGAAACUUGAAUAAGUACAGUUGUUUGAAUGAGAAAUUUUCUGAUGUUUCCCCAGCAAAACAAAACAGAUAUUAGAGAGGGAAUUAUGAUGUAUUAUAAUGGGUAAAAAGGCUUUGGAAGACAUUUUAAAAAUGUGUUUUUCAUGACUGAAUUUGUAGCUGUUACGUUUUUUUAUCAUAAUGAAGAUUUGUUUGUUUCCCCAGGACACAAAAGGAGAAAUAAACAACGACAAAAACAAACAAAGCAACAACAAAAAAAACCUGUUAUUGCCUAUCAGCCAAAUUGUUAUUUUCCAACAUUGGUAUCGGCCCACAGUUUCACAAUCGGUGCAUCCCUACUGCUUCGUCUUCGAUUUUUACUUUUACUGUAGAGACCUCUCUGACCAAAUCAUCAAGGAAUGUUUAUCCAAAACCUGCCAAGUAAAAAAAAGCCAUAAUGUUUUUUAAACCCUGGAAUUCAUUUAUUGCACAUGCUAAAGCCAGUUACACAAGUAUUACCAGAAGAAGACAAUCAAUCCAACAACAGUGAUGCCAAAGAGUCGGACCAGCAGAGCUUUCUGUUUGUUCAUUUAUCCAGAUUUCUUCCCAGUGCCUUUUCUUUGAUGUCAGAGGACAACACCUGCCAAGGGAAUAACUUAUUGCCUCAUGUUAAUAAUGCACUUUUUGUAUCAGGAGAGGCCUGUUUUGUGUUUACUAACAACAUCUUAAUGUUGGCUUUUGUAAUUAGACACGACAACUAAGGUUUAUAUCAGUAUUGAAACCAAAACUUUUUGUUUAAUCCACACAUGAGAAUGGUUAGAGACAUUAUGUUGUAUUAUUGUUUAACAAUAGACAAUCAUGCUGUUCCUUUAAUUAAGGAAUGUUUAAACAGGUCAACGUUUAUUUGUAUUUAAUGUACUUUAAACUUAGUUUUUUAGAGCUUUUUUUUUAAUUCUGCAUUUUAACAAGGAGCUGAAACAAGAAACCUGUUACUGUACAGUGGGUUGGUACUAAGAGUGUUUAAGUUUGGACUGUAUAUGUAAAGAGAAACUCAGCCUUAGCUUUGUAUAUGGUGAUUUAAAUUUCAAUUUUACAUGCUGUUUUAAAAUACAUCAGGAACUACUUUA